GUGCCUGGAACGUCGUACACUAUAAGCCAUCUUGCCGUUCAUGGUUUACGUCGUUACGAUAUGUGCCGCGACUGCUUCCGUUGCUUUAAGAGAGAUUUUGACUGUGUUCUCAUGAAGGAUCACUUCGAGACAACGCACUGUAUUGCGUUACCGGAAGCAGAAAAUCGAGAUUUACUGUGCAAGACAUGCAGCGAAGUGAUACCAAAGUCGCAUCUGGCCGAGCACGUCAUCGAGAAACAUAGGGUUACCUGUUUCGAAUCAAGAGAUCCAGAAAAUAAGGGACAACUUAUUGUGAAGACGGGUGCUGUUACUCGUCGUUUCCUCGGUUUCCGUGUAAUCGAACACUUUGGUGAUCACUCGGACAUGGAUUAA